AUGUCAUUAGCCAACGAGCACAAGUUGACAGCCAUGUCUGGGGAUAAGUCUCCAAAGGCAUCGAUUGAGCCACCUGCCUCUCCAGAGCAGGGGAAACGGCCGCCGCAUCGCAUUCUUUCAAAGAAGCAGAAAUGGAACAUUGUCAUCUUUGUCUCCUUAGCCGGCUCCUUAUCGCCCCUCUCAUCGAACAUCUAUUUCCCAGCUAUUGAGACCAUAUCAACUGAUCUGGGUGUGAAUGCAUCCCUUGUGGCGCUAACAAUCACCAUCUACAUGGUUGUACAGGGGGUUGCCCCCUCCAUCUUCAGCACACUUUCAGACACCUGCGGCCGCCGCCUCACGUUCACCAUAUGCCUCGUUAUUUACACGGCUGCCAACCUGGCUCUCGCUUUUACGUCCAGUUAUCCAAUGCUGAUGGUCCUGCGAGGCCUACAGGCUGCAGGAUCUGCAGCCACGAUUAGCAUCAGCACCGGUGUCAUCGCCGACAUUACAUCCUCGAAGGAACGUGGUGGCUUCAUGGGGGCCAACGCCGGUAUGCGUAUGACCGGCCAGGCGUUUGGUCCUGUCAUCGGAGGUGCUCUGAACAGCCUCUGGGGUUUCAGGAGCAUUUUCUGGCUGCUAUUUGCCUUGAGCGUGGUCAUCCUCAUCGCCCUUCUUAUCUUUCUGCCGGAGACUCAUCGCGGCAUAACGGGCAACGGCAGCAUCCCACUUUCGGGAUUCAGCAAACCCUUUAUCUAUAUGCUCAAACCACCAAUGGUGUCGAAGGUAAGCCCGAAAACGAGUCGGUCAUCGAGUACUCGUCCACCGAUACCCUUGAAGAAGAAAGCAUCCAGUCCUUUGGCCUACAUUUUUGAAAAGGAUAUCGCAGCCCUUCUCGUCUGGGGCGCAGUGGCCUACACCGCAUGGAGCAUGGUGACAUCCUCGACUACAACGAUGCUGUUGUACGGCUUCCCCUAUCUUACAGAGUGGCAGCUCGGCCUGUGUUUCCUACCGAAUGGCUUUGGCUGCAUCUGUGGCUCGCUCAGCUCAGGCUGGCUCCUAGACCAAAGCUUCAGACGUGCACAGGAGCGGUACAGACUGGACAACAACAUUCCCUCGGACGUAAAAAUCGUCAGCCAGCGAGGCUUUCCUCUCGUGCGGGCCCGUCUACACUACAUGCCCCUUUUCAGCAUCGCACUCGUCAUCGCGCUAGCACUAUACGGACCAAGCUUCGAGUUCAACGACUUGCGGCGCCAGUUUGGUCCGAACCUGGCAGCGCCGCUCAUCCUCCAGUUCUUGAUCGCAUUCACGACCAUGGCUCUCUUCAACAUCAACUCGACGUUGCUGGUCGACUGCUUUCCUGAGCGCCCUGCCAGCGCGACAGCCCUCAACAACCUGUGUCGUUGUCUGCUGGGCGCGGCGGGUGUCAGUGUCGUCCAGCCACUAAUUGAUGCCGUAAGGGUGAUGAAAGCUUUCUUCAUUGUGACUGGCGUAGUGCUCCUUUUCCAACCGCUCAUUUGGGUUGAAUGGAAAAUUGGGGAGAGGUGGAGGCGCGAGCGAGAGGACAAGUUGGCUGCUUGUAACGAACCUUGA